CUUAUAAGGACAAGAGUCCACACAGAAAGUACUUUGUUUGACAGACCUUCUGCACUGAAGUAUAUCAAGUUCCAAUAUGGGCUUGAAAAUAAAAGGAUUGAGCUUGGUCGCAUUCGUGGCUGUAUUGGGAUAUCUGUACAGGGACACCUUUGAUCCAGCAAGCCUUUUGGACGCUAGGGUUCUAGUUACUGGUGCCAGCACUGGCAUUGGGGCAGAGAUGGCAUAUAACUAUGCCAGAGCUGGAGCACAUCUUGUACUGACUGCAAGGAGGGAAAGUGUUCUGGCCACGGUGAGAAGUAGGUGUCUGGAGCUUGGGGCAAAGAGUGUGUCUCUGGUUGUUGCUGACAUGGGAUCACCAGAGGCUCGGGAGAGAGUUGUGGAAAAAGCCAUCAUUGAUAUGGGAGGUUUGGAUUACCUGGUGUUAAAUCACAUUGGCUCUACCCCGUUUCAGAUGUGGGAUGGCGAUAUAAAUCACACAAGAUGGCUAAUGGAGGUGAACUUCCUCAGCUAUAUCCAUCUUGCUACCAAGGCUCUCCCACACCUUGCAGAGUCAAGAGGCGCUAUUAUUGUGCUGUCUUCUCUCACUGGUAAAAUUGCAACUCCAUACACCACAUCAUAUGGUGCAUCAAAAUUUGCCCUGGAUGGUUUCUUUGGUUCACUGCGACAUGAGCUAGCCAUGCAAAAGAUUCCUGUCUCCAUCACAUUGUGUAUCUUGGGGCUAAUCGAUACUCAGUCAGCCAUGGAGAAAGUAAAAGAUAAGAUAUCCAUGCCUGCAUAUCCUGCCCAGGAUGCAGCCCUGGCAGUGGUGUCCGCUGGAACAAGCCGAGUAGAGGAGAUGUACUAUCCCUGGUAUGUAAGGCCACUCUGCUUUUUCAGAGAUUGGUUUCCACAAAGCAGAGCCUGGGUGAUGCAGAAGUCUUACCAGUUCAAGCCAGAAGAGACAUUGGUAUCAUUGUGAUUAUAAUACUUUAAUAAACAAAUGUACUGAUCAGU